AUGGUUUAUUUUUCGUAACUGGCGUUUAAAUUUACAUUUACCUGCCUACAUAGAAGAAUUAAAUAAAGCGAACUUAAUAGAUACCUACCUAUGGAGAUAUUCAUUACAAUUAUAAAAGUGUAAAAUAUGUGUUAUUUUGUAUUGUGAAACGGUACGUCCGGAUGGACAAUCCGUAUCGUGAAUAAAUAAAAUUAAUUUAAUUGCUCUCUCACUAUCUUAUGCGAUAUCUGCAUGUUUUCUUUUAAAUCAAAUAAAUAAUCAUCGUAAUUGUAUCGUGGUUCUGGUUCGGCCUUCAAUUUAAUCGGUACCUCCAAUGUACGUCCGUAAACUAGUGCGUAUGGUUGAAAAUUAGUAGAUGUGUUUACUGUUGAUUGACAGAUUACUGUUGAAUUAUAUACAAAGAAUGCAAAAGAAUGAAGUUUGUGGGCUUUAAACUUAUUUUUAUCAUCGCAUUGUCCUUAAUGGGAUCGGUUGUUAAUUCGGAAGAAACUAGCGAUUUCAAACUACCUACUAAUUUCAAACCCAUCAGCUAUGAACUAAACGUGACCACGUACUUGGAGGAUAAAUUCGUGUUUGAAGGAGUAGUCGGUAUUCGUAUGACAUGCGUAGAAGCUACCGAUACCAUAGUGUUGCAUUCGACCAGUUUGAACAUCGAUACCAAAAGUGUUGUUCUGGCCAACGGCGGUGAAAAUGUCAUCCCAGUGAGCAGUGUGUCUUUUGAUCCAGAUAAAGAAUUUAUGCACGUCAAGUCAACCGUAAACUUUAAGCCCUGUGACGAAUUCGUGCUGACUAUAUCAUUUACCGGGAACCUCACCGACGAUUUAGUAGGUUACUAUAGAAGUAGCUACGUAGACAAGGAAAGUAAUCAAACGAGAUGGUUAGCUAUAACAUAUUUCGAGCCAUUGGGUGCACGAAGAGCUUUUCCCUGUUUGGACGAGCCUGUGUAUAAAGCAAUCUUCAAGAUAAGGUUGAGUCAUAAAAAAGGAUUGACUUCGAUAAGUAAUAUGAAAUUCAUGAAUCAAAUAAACUGCCCUUCGAAUUCAGAUUAUGUUGUUGACGAAUUCGAAGAAUCUCCACCGAUGUCUACUUAUUUAGUAGUAUACAUGGUGUCAGAUUUCGUAUACACUGAAGCAAAUAGUGAAAAUGACCAAGUGAAUUACCGUAUUAUAUGCAAAAAGGACUUAGCCAAUCAAACAGAAUUUGCCAUUAACUUGGGACCAAAGGCCCUGAAAUACCACGAGGAAUAUUUCGAUGAAAAAUUCCCGCUGCACAAACAAGACAUGGCAGCCAUACCCGAUUUUUCUUCACGUUCUAUGGAGAAUUGGGGUCUUGCCACAUUUCAAGAGAGCGGUUUGUUAAUGGAUCUGGACGUGACCGUAAUUGAUGACGUAUAUGAAAUAGCCCAUUUAAUCAUUCACGAACUGGCUCAUCAAUGGUUUGGUGGUAUCGUUACCAUGAAAUGGUGGACCGGCCUUUGGUUGAAUGAAGGAUUUGCCGAGUAUGCAGGAUUCCGCGGAGUGGAUUUUCUGUUCCCCGAAUCAAAGUAUUUCCAAGUCGAAAACGUUAAAAACUUUUUACUCGUUUUGGACCAAGAUUCGCUUCAAUCAGCACAUCCGUUGGCGGUAGCUAUAGGAAAGCCUGAUGAAAUAGCGCCAAUUUCGGCGGACCCAAUUACGUUCGCAAAGGGACCAAUUUUGUUGCACAUGAUAAACACGUUCCUAGGCGAGAACACGUUCAAACAAGGCGUUAGAAACUACAUACACAAAUACAAAUUUUCCAAUGCCGAACAGGAUGACUUGUGGUGCUCAUUGACGGAGGAAGCACACCGACAAGGAACUUUGGACAAAAAUCUAACCGUAAAACAAAUAAUGGACACAUGGACGUUGCAAACCGGUUAUCCCGUAUUGAAUGUCAUCCGAGAUUAUUCUGCGGGCACGGUUACAUUGUCCCAGGAAAGGUAUUUAUCAAUCAAAUCAAACGGUACGGACAAUAAAACCUGUUGGUGGAUACCAAUCACUAUGACAACUUCAGGGGACUUUAACCAGACAAAUCCGACAUUUUGGUUGAAUUGCGAAAACAACAACCUCACCACACCAUUGGCCAAAGACAACGAGUGGGUCAUCUAUAACAUGCAGAUGACCGUUUUAUCCAGAGUGUUUUACGAUACACGAAACUGGAUGGGUAUCAUUUGUACGCUGAACGAUCCAACUAAAUACGAAACUAUACCCACGUUAAACCGAGUACAGCUGAUCUUGGAUUCGCUAAGCUUUUCUCAAGUCGGUGACUUGGACUACGAAAUCACGUUUCAACUUUUGAAAUAUCUAAAAAACGAAAAAGAGUAUACACCGUGGUUUGCUGCACUUAGUGGUUUGGUAAUGAUUGAUGAUUUACUGAAAAGGACUCCGAAUCAUGCAGUGUUCCAAAAAAAUAUGCGGGAUAUGUUGUCGUGUAUGUAUAGCAAAUUCAGAAACAUGGACGAGAAAGUUAAUGGUUAUGAAAACAUACAACUUCAAAGUCUCGUGAUUUCCAGAGCUUGCCAAUACAAAACAAAGGACUGUAUCCAACGAGUUCUGGACUUGUUUAGAAAGUGGAUGAAAAGUAGUGACCCAGACAAUAAUAAUAUAUUGCCUAAAGAAUUGAAAGAAACUAUUUGCAUUCAAGCUGUACAAUAUGGAGGUGAAGAAGAAUGGAAUUUUUUAUUUGAACGUUAUCAACGUUCCAAUUUGCCGAUUGAAAAAUAUUAUAUGAUCUUUGCUUUAGGAUAUACUUCAAUAGAAUCGUUACUACUGAGAUAUUUAAAUUGGUCACUUGAUGAAUCUAUUAUUCCCAGAGAAGACGCCCCCCUAGUAUUCUACUCUGAAACGUUCAAUGAAGUUGGAUUUUUAGUAGCAAAAGAAUUUUUGUAUUGCAAAAUUGCAGAUAUAUAUGAAUACUAUCAACGUCAAGGCGAUAGUUUAGGUGGAUAUGUAAAUAAUAUUGCGUCUCAAAUGAAAACUAAAGAAGAAUUAGAAGAGGCAUAUUAUCGAAAUACCUUUAGGUCACCGUACGAGGCAAUGUUUGGAACAGAUAUGAGAGUUGGUUUGACUACACAUUUUCCUAGCGAAUCCGUUGAUAAAAUCAAUACUGAAGAUGAUCUAGAAAUAUUUUUAAACAAUAUCAAUGUAGAAGAAGAUGUGAAUGCAAAAAAUAAUAUUCAAGUGGUGAAUGAAGCAUCAAAGGACGAAGGGUUGUGUGACUUAAUAUCUAUAAGACAGAAAUCAAUCGAUAAUAAUAGAAAAAAUUCUGAAAUUUGUUUGAUAAAUCAAGCUGAAAAAAUGAAAUUUAGGUCUAUCCAUAAGUUUCCCCCAGCUAACGUCGGAGAUAGUGUGAGAGUCACUUUACCCGAUGUCGACAGAGGACGAGCAGACCCAAGAAAUAUUUUAUUUGCAGUUGUGGCUAUUGAGAACGAACAAUAUUAUAUACUUGGUAAUAAAUAUGGUACUUUGCCACAGUUAUAUACCAGAAACCAGUUUGGUGUUUGUCUGAUAUCAUUAAUACCGCUUGAUGAGGUGGUACCUAUAGAAAAACCAUUGAGGGAAAUUGCUGGUCUAAUAUCAGACAGUAGUGGUGGUCAAAGAUACAAAAGGUGUUCAUGCAAAGGUAAAUGUGACACCAAUCGUUGUAAGUGUAAAUCAUCUAAUAUUUUGUGUAAUUCAAAAUGUCAUGGAAGUAUGCCAUGUAAUAAUAAAUAGUAACACAUUAAUUCUAUUCUUAAAUACUAAUUAAAAAA